AUGUCAUGGCAUUGUAGCGGCUUGUCAUCCACAUUUUCUCACUUGCAUACACAUGCAUUUAAAAGUGCAUGGUCUGGGAGUGCACUUCUGGCAGCCUUUAGUUCCAUACCAUGGUUGUAUGCGCUGAUUUUGGAUGUUCUAUGUGUACAGACAUUAUUACUAUGUCCGAUACAAUAUGGCAACAAGUAUUUUAAUAUUCAAAUUGCUACCGUGAUUGUCUGGAAAGGAUACAUAAUUGAUCUGACUCAAUCGCAUAAUCCUGCUUUUAUAAUUUCUGGAUUGGGUAUGGUCUUAUCAGCGUUUUCUGUAAUCCCUGUAAUUGUCCAACGUUUUCGCCGGAAGAGAGCUCGCCGACUACGUCGUCUUCAGCAGAAUUGUACUGAACCAAUACUGGAAGUGAAAAAGUAACUCCUUGUGAAUGAUAGUGAUCACAUGACAUUAAAGAAGAGAUAUGUUACCAAAUGUGUAAUAUUAGUGCUCAGAUAUUUCUGUUAACUUUUUAUACAAAUUUAUUGUUUUUAGCUAUUUCACUUCUUCUUCUUCUUAUAGUCUCCUGUGUAACAAUUAUUUCUUUUGCAUUCAUCUAUUACUACUAGAUUACUUUUUAUUAUUUACUGCAAUGUACUUGGUUGGUUCUAAUUAUUAUACUUUUUACUUCAAGCUUAAUUAUCUGUGUUGUUUACUUCUUCUCAUCUCCUGCAAUUCUUUUGUUUUGUCUUAAAGUCAUGAUUAUUAACUCAUUGCUCAUCAUCAACUGUUACCCACAGCAUUUUGUCAGCUAGAACAAUCGAAUUAUGAGUGCAUUUCUACGCAGAAUGUCAAUUAGAAAUUAAUAUAAAUCUGCGAAAUACUUCAUUUGAAAACAUGCAGUGUUUAGCGAAACUGUUGUUUCAAACCCAUAUUGGCAAGCUCUUCACUGUUAUUUUUCUAACUCUUUUCAUUGUUAUUGUUGUCAUCAUUGUUACUACUUGUGUUUGCCUUUUACCUUUCUCUAUUUUGCUCCAUAUUUUUCAUCAGUUCUUUUUUUUAUCAUAGUAUGAGUAGUAGUAUCAUACUUUUAUUCAACUAUCAAUACAUAUAAGAUACAAUGUGUGUCACCUCAGUGGGUGGCGAAUGGUGCUUUCAUGAUCCUGUUUUAUAAAUUGGCUAUGCCUUACUAUGAUUCCUAUAUUUAUUACAGUUAUUACACUCAGUUAUAUUUGUCAUUAUGACCGUGGAUAUCAUUAUUCUUAUUCUUCUUCUUAUUUUUUUUUUUUUUGAGGAUAUAACUUAGUAGAUUUUGAUUCAGAGAAGAUGAUAUUACACUAUUUUCAUACAAUACACACAGAAACACAUUUUGUAUGUAGAUGAAGAAUGAAGGACAGUUUAUUGCAAUCCGGUCUUGUAUUCCUCUUUUACUAGACAUUUUGAUCUGAAUUACACAUCAUCACAGAUAGUGAGAUGCAUAAACAACUGAAUCAUUCAUUUGUCUAUCUACUUUCCUUGAAUACAUUUUCAUCUAUCAUCAUCAAGAUUUUACGUGAACAGAAGAUUGCAUGAAGACUGCACCAUCACCCACUUAAAGACAUAUUUUACAAAUUUAGUGAUUAUAGUUUUAUGAUAGAAAAUAUCUUUACAUUCUAUUGAAAUACAAAUUGUUUUUAACAAAGCA